UUACUUGAUAAGUUGAUAUACAUAAGCCUCAUACUUCUGUAUAUUCUCCACCGAAAGGCAAAAGCCAAAAGAAAGUACACUCCAGCUUGAUAAAUAUCUCUUCACUUCUCAGCCACUUUAAUUGCAGUCUCCAUACCCAAAAAUGGCCGACGAAAACCCCACGAAAUCCCCGCCGGAAACACCCGCUAGCCCACCGGAAAAAACCCAUUUUCCGGCAGCUGAGCCCAUUUCAGUUACAGAAAAAGAAACCCCCCUUGACCCUUCACCAACCAGUCAAGAACAAGACCAGAAAGAACCAAUCCAACAAGAACACUUAACCCCGGAAGCUGAAAAGCCCCAGAAAGUCCCUGAAUCUCAAGGCUCUUUCAAAGAAGAGAGCAACAAAGUGAUAGAUCUCUCAGAUCCAGAGAAAAAGUCACUUGAUGAGCUGAAAACCCAUGUUCAAGAACUGGGUGAAGCUCAAAUUUAUGGGGUCCCACUUUUGGUAGAUGAGAGGAGUGAUGUGAUUCUGCUGAAGUUCUUAAGGGCUAGGGAUUUUAAGGUAAAGGAAGCAUUUUUAAUGCUCAAGAACACUUUGAAGUGGAGAGAGGAGUUUGGGAUUGAGAGCUUAAUUGAGGAGAAACUUGGUGAUGAUCUUGAUAAAGUUGUGUUUACUGAUGGGUUUGAUAAAGAUGGUCAUCCUGUUUGUUACAAUGUGUAUGGUGAGUUUCAGAACAAGGAGUUGUAUAAAAAGACUUUUGGUGAUCAAGAAAAGAGGAAUAAUUUUCUGAAGUGGAGGAUUCAGUUUUUGGAGAAGAGUAUUAGGAAGCUUGAUUUUAGUCCUGGCGGUAUAAACACUAUCUUUCAGGUUAGUGAUCUGAAGAACUCGCCUGGACCGGGUAAGACGGAGCACAGGAUAGCUACUAAGCAGGCUCUACAGUUGCUUCAGGAUAAUUAUCCUGAGUUUGUUGCAAAGCAGGUGUUCAUUAAUGUCCCUUGGUGGUAUCUGGCCUUUUAUACGAUGAUCAGUCCAUUCAUGACGCAGAGGACCAAAAGCAAGUUCGUAUUCGCCAGCCCUGCCAGAACUGCAGAAACACUUUUCAAAUACAUCGCUCCAGAACAAGUACCGAUACAAUAUGGUGGUUUAAGUGUGGAUUUCUGUGAUUGUAAUCCUACAUUUACUAACAAUGAUCCAGCAUCAGAGAUUACUAUUAAACCAGCCACUAAGCAAACCGUGGAAAUCCUAGUAAAUGAGAAGUGCACUAUUAUCUGGGAAUUGCGAGUAGUUGGCUGGGAAGUGAGUUACAGUGCUGAAUAUGUGCCCAGAACUGAAGGUAGCUACACUGUAAUUUUACACAAGGCAAAGAAGAUGUCCCCAACGGAUGAACCAGUCAUUUCCAUGAGUUACAAGAUCACUGAGCUUGGUAAGCUGCUGCUUACAGUUGAUAAUUCGACUUCCAAGAAGAAGAAGCUGCUUUACAGGUUCAAGGUGGAACCGUUGUGCGAUUAAAGAUCUUCAGUUCAAGUGCUGCUUGGGACUUUCUGAGAUUUCAGUUUUUAUUGCUUUUUUUUCUCUUCCGGGGUGGUGGUGGUGGUUCUGUUUUUAGAGCUUAGGAAUUUUACUUCUCAUCCAAAUCUAGAUUAUGAAUGGGAUCUUGUUUAUGGAGUUUAUGUAUUAGACUGUAAACUUUUUGGUGCUCUUUCAUCCUUUUAGAGAAAGAGGGAAAGGUUUGUAAUGAUUUGCCCAUGAUAUCAACUGGGUUUUGGUCUUUGAUCUAUAUACUCGAGCGAUGCUAGGGAAUUGAAUGUUAUUUCGAGCUCAAAAGUAUAGAUGGCAAGCCAAAUGUUGUAAACAUGUGUAUUCACUUGGUGUGUGUUAAACUGGUAAUGCAUUUCUAUUUCACAUCAUA